GGCGUGCACAGCAGAGGAUCCAGACGCAUCUGAGGGAACCUCCACACAGAAUGACACCCAACUCCUGCUGGCCAGUGCUCCUGCUCUUGGGCUGCUCUGUGCUCCAGACCCCAGCUGCACAGAGCGCGGACGAGCGCCCUCUCUCGGCUGACCAGGACCGUCUGGACCCAGAUGCCACACAUGAAAAUAUGCAAGAAGAACUCAGAAGUAUUGAGCUGGAGAGAAUUCAAGACAUCCUGCCAUCCGUCACCAGGAAAAUCGAUGUGCCCACCAUUCAGAAACUGUACCACUCCGUGACCAACCUGCCGCUCCGCUUUGGGAGAGCGUCCCAGCCCGUCGCCAAUCUGCCCCUGCGGUUCGGCAGAGGCCUGACUGAGGGCUCGGCACGCAAGGCCAAGGCGGCGCUCAAUCUGCCCCAGCGCUUCGGCCGGGCCCCGGCGCGCCUGCCCCCUCUUCCCGCGGUGCCGCAGCGGGCCGUGUACGCGCCUGUGGAAGAAGACGAGAAGUCCUCACAAGAACUCUAA